CGGAGGACCAGUCUUUGAGGUCUGCCCGCCUCAGUCUUGAGCAGUCUUACGUAGGGUGAGGACUGUGCUGCCGGCCUGAGCAUUCUUAUACCUGGGGAGUAUGGGCUCGGCGUCUUGUGUGAUGGUGAUGGUGAUGGUGGUGGUGAUGGUGAAAGGCUUGAGUAUGGACGCAGAGGCCGCAGGCAGCCUCGUCCCUUUCCAAUAUACGCGUAGGUCUGUCCUUGAUCAGAAGGGCAGGUACGUGGUCAUGUGGGCGCCCAGAGAGAAGGAUAUCAUCUUCGAAGUUCAGGUGGCGACGAAGGGGUACGUGGGCCUCGGGUUCUCCUCCAACGGCGGGAUGAAGGGCGCCGACAUCGUGCUGGGCUGGGUGGACGACUCCGGAAAGGUCUUCCUGCAUGACCGGCACGCCACGGGGUACGCGGUACCGGUCAUCGACGAGUCCCAGGACGUGACGCUGCUGGGAGGGUACCAGAACGACACCCACACAGUGGUGAGGUUCUCCCGCCCCUGGACCACCUGCGACACUCUCUCAGACCUCCAGCUGGCCGACGAGACGGUGAAGCUGAUCUGGGCCUUCUCCUCCGAGGACCCGAAGGACGAGAUGACGAUGAAGAAACACAGCGAGCGAGGGACGAAGAGCGUCCUCUUACAGUCUCCCGAGCUCGUCUUCCCGACCCCUGAGGGGGACGUGAAGGCCUGGGACCUCCUCUCUCCCAACGUUAGUCUGCCCAACGACCUGCCGACCCUGUACUGGUGCAGCGUGGUCAAGAUCCCGCCCCUCGCCUCCAAAGCCCAAGCCAUUGGGGUCAUACCACUGAUCGAGGAGAAGAACGUGCAGCACGUGCAUCACAUCCUGGUGUACGAGUGCCACGUGCCUGAGAGUGCCAGGCACUUCGAGAAGUGGGUGGGCGUGCCGGGCCUGCAGUGCUACGGCCCCAACAUGCCAGUGUCCUGGACCUACUGUGGCACUCCGGUCUUCACUUGGGGCAUCGGUGGGGAAGGCGAUUUAUAUCCGGAAAACGUGGGUCUUCCCCUGGGGGAGGAGAACGGAGGAGCCACCUAUUUCUUGAAGGAAAUUCAUUAUGACAAUCCUGACCUCAAGCAAGAUAUCGUGGACGCCUCGGGUCUACGCGUCUUGUAUACGGAGACGCCGAGAGAGUACGACGCCGGGGUGUUGACCAUUGGCCACUCCAUCAGCCCCUUGCUGGUCGUGCCUCCUGGAACACACUGGCUCACUGUGGGCAUCUGUCACCCCGACUGUACCCAACAGGGGCUGCCUGAAGGUGGAGUGAAGGUGUUCGAGGUGUUGCUUCACUCACACAUGCUGGGGUCCAAGAUGAAGAUCCGUCAGGUUAGGCAGAACCAGGAGCUGCAACCACUCGUGAGAGACCUGAACUACGACUUCAACUACCAACACUCGCGGUCUGUGAACAACGUCAGUAUUCUCCCAGGGGACAUACUCAUCCUCGAGUGUGAGUACGACUCCACCACCCGCGACUUCACCACCUUCGGUGGGUUUGGCACAGAGGAGGAGAUGUGCCUGGCCUUCCUGACCUACUACCCUCGGAGCCCGUUAGCUGUGUGCUUCUCUAUGCCUCACAUCAAGGACAUCCUCGAGGGCGUCGGCGUUGACGACACCUAUGACAAUCGCGUGCAGAUAGGCAGCGGCAGAGGGCACGGGAGCGAUAUCAACGAAGAGGCGGAGGCAGUGGCGGCCGCUGCGCUCUUGUCCGGCGAGACGACUCUUCAGACAAAGAACCUGGCGCUCUCCAAUGUUUACUUCCGCAUGGUGGCCAAGGCCCCGGACAAAUACCAUAACCAGACGCUGCACAAGAUCCUCAACGACAGGAACACGUGGGGCGACAACCUCCUGACGGCGACGCUGCAGGAUAAGAUCAUUAACGACCUCCAAGUGGCCAAGUGUAUGAAGAGGGACGGCAAACUAUCCGGGGUGCCGGAAAUAUUCCUGUACCCGGGAUUCAUUCCGCUUGACCCACCGGCAGAGAAUUGUGGCGAUGGAACAUUCUAAGGUUUCUGCAAAUAUAAUGAUAAGAAGCAAGUGGAGAGAUGGAGCUGGAGUACCCACCUGGGUCGACGACCCCACACUGCUGACCGCUGCUGCUGGGGACCUCCAGAGGGGUGAAGGCUGGGUAGGGAACCGCUUCAACAUCCUGCCGGAGACGCAGAAGGUCAUACACAACUAACCUCGCUGGAAUCAAUCUUCAAGCUAUAAUCCCUAAAUUUCAACCAAUAAAGUAGUUUUGACUCAUCCAA